AUGGAAGGACCUUCUGAAGAGCCGAUGAAAAAGAAACAAAAAUACAGUAAAAAAAAAAAAACUAAUACAAAAAAAAGCCUGACCGGUAUUCAGAAAGCCGAAAUAUGCCACCUAAAGCAAAAAGGAGUUAGUCAAAUUAGACUAGCCGAACAGUUUGGUGUAGCCGAAGCUACAAUCUCAGGUAUUGUUUAUAAAAAAGAAAAGUGGUUAACACUUGAUUUAAACUCGAACAAUGCCUAUUCAAAGCAACAAAGGACUGGAAAAUAUCCUUUGGUAGAAGAAGCACUUGCGCUUUGGAUAUCAAGAGCAAAUACUGCAUUGCAAACAAUUACAGGUGCAAUAGUUAAACGUAAAGCAACACAACUCACGAAAGGGCUUGAAGUGACAAGUUUUAACACAUCUGAUGGGUGGCUUUCAAAUUUCAAAAAAAGGUACCAUAUAAAGAAAUACAAAUGUUUAGGUGAAGCUGCAAGUGCACCUCUUGAGAAUUUUUCCAGAUUUCGCAGUGAGUUGCAAGAACUAAUCAAAAAAUACAAGCCUGAGGAUGUUUAUAAUGCUGAUGAAACUGCAUUAUACUGGUGUAUGGAACCUGAUAAAACGUUAGCUGAUGGCCCAGUUGCAGGAAAAAAAAAGCCAAAGACCGU